UAAAAUAAACGUAAAAUGGCGAAGAAAAAGCUUUUGCCAAAUCUCUCGAAAGAGGAGAAAAUGGUGAUAGUGAUUUCCGAGAUUAUACAGGAGUUAUUAGUCGCACAUCGUCAAGGUAAAGAUGUUAACCUCAACAAGAUGAAAACUCGUAUUUCUUCGAAGUAUGGGCUUAGUACGUCGCCUAGACUCGUCGAUAUUAUCGCAGCUGUGCCGGCGGAUGCUAAGAGUAUCCUACUUCCGAAGUUGAAGGCAAAACCAAUCCGUACAGCGUCUGGUAUAGCUGUUGUCGCAGUAAUGUGCAAACCGCACAGAUGUCCGCAUAUAAACUUCACUGGUAACAUCUGUGUGUAUUGUCCUGGGGGUCCAGACUCAGAUUUCGAGUACUCUACCCAAAGCUAUACUGGUUAUGAGCCUACAUCUAUGAGAGCUAUACGAGCCCGGUAUAAUCCAUACUUGCAAACCAGACACAGAGUGGAACAGUUGAAGCAACUGGGCCAUAGUGUUGAUAAAGUGGAGUUCAUAGUCAUGGGUGGGACUUUUAUGAGUCUGCCUGAGGACUACAGAGAUUAUUUCAUUAGGAAUCUCCACGAUGCUCUAUCUGGCCAUACAUCAAGUUGUGUAGCAGAGGCUGUGAAGUACAGUGAGAAAGCAAAGACUAAAUGUAUCGGUAUCACAAUAGAAACCAGGCCAGACUAUUGUUUGAACAGGCAUAUAACUGACUUGCUUAAUUAUGGAUGCACCAGAUUGGAAAUUGGAGUGCAAUCAGUGCAUGAGGAUAUUGCUAGAGACACAAAUAGAGGGCAUACAGUGAAGGCUGUUUGUGAAAAUUUCAAUCUUGCAAAAGAUGCUGGAUUUAAGAUUGUAGCCCACAUGAUGCCCGAUCUCCCAAAUGUGGAUUUCGAAAGGGAUGUAGAACAAUUUAAAGAGUUCUUUGAAAACCCAGCAUUUCGAGCUGAUGGACUCAAGAUCUACCCAACAUUGGUCAUCAGAGGCACUGGGCUUUACGAGUUAUGGAAGACUGGUAGAUACAAGAGUUAUCCACCUUCGACCUUGGUUGACCUGGUUGCUAAGAUAUUGGCAUUGGUGCCACCAUGGACUAGGGUUUACAGAGUCCAGCGCGACAUACCAAUGCCGCUGGUAUCCUCUGGUGUUGAACAUGGGAAUCUCAGAGAAUUGGCCUUAGCGCGGAUGGCCGACUUAGGCACUGACUGUAGAGAUGUCAGGACCAGAGAAGUUGGUAUUCAAGAAAUACACAACAGAGUUCGGCCUUAUGAGGUAGAAUUGAUAAGACGUGAUUACGUGGCUAACGGUGGUUGGGAGACCUUCCUCGCAUACGAAGACCCGGAUCAGGAUAUCUUAGUCGGUCUACUGAGGCUUAGAAAAUGCGCUUCCGCUACUUACAGACCGGAAUUGAAGCCUGGACCCAAUGCUGACUUUAAACAAUGCAGUAUUGUCAGAGAGUUACACGUUUACGGAUCUGUAGUUCCCGUAAACGCAAGGGAUCCGACAAAAUUUCAACACCAAGGGUUCGGUAUGCUUCUAAUGGAGGAAGCAGAGCGCAUAGCUCGGGAAGAACACGGCUCUGAUAAGAUCGCAGUCAUAUCUGGCGUAGGCACUCGCAAUUACUACUCUAAGAUUGGAUACCACCUUGAAGGGCCUUACAUGGUUAAAAUGCUCGUGUAAUAUAAAUGGGAAAUAAGUAUAAUUUGAAGAGCCGUAAAUUUAUCUUAAAAUGUUGCUAGAGAGCCCGCCACCUGUACAAACUUGUAUAGCCU